AUGGAGAACAAGACGGAGAUGGAUGAAUUCAUCUUACUGGGCUUCACAAAUUUCCAAGGAUUUGGGCCUCUCCUCUUCCCUCUCUUCCUGCUGUUCUACUUGGUCACUCUAUUGGGAAACAGCCUCAUUGUAUUGGUCAUUCUGGCUGAGCCUUGCCUCCACACACCCAUGUAUUUUUUCCUUAGCAAUCUUUCCUGCUUGGACAUUUGCUAUGCCACUGUCACUGUGCCCAAGAUGCUGGCUGGCUUUUUAUCAGGGCCCCAGGCGAUCUCAUUUUGUGGGUGCCUGGCCCAACUUCAUUUUUUUCACUUCACAGGCAGCAGUGAAGGAGUUCUUCUAGCAGUCAUGGGGUAUGACCGCUAUGUGGCUAUCUGCUACCCUCUGCGCUACGCUGUCAUUAUGAACAAGCCUGUUUGCCUGCUUCUUGCGUCAGUCACUUGGUCCACGGGAUUCUUUCAUGCACUGGUACACACAGUGAUGACCUCCCGUCUGCACUUCUGUGGCCCAAAACUUGUCCAGCACUUCUUCUGUGAUAUCAAACCACUCCUGAGAUUGGCCUGUGGUAGCAUCCAGCUCAACAUCAGCCUUCUCAACAUUGUCACAGGUUCACUUGUCAUGAUUUCCUUUUUCCUCACGCUUCUCUCCUACCUCUACAUCAUUGCAUUUCUCUUCCUUAAGGUUCAGUCACACAGACUGAAGGCCUUCUCUACCUGCAGCUCCCAUCUCACAGUAGUGGUGCUGUUCUACAUUCCUGUUCUGGUCAACUAUUUAUCUUCCUCCUCAGAAGAGUCAUUGCAGCAAGAGAUGAUAGCUACCCUCAUGUACAAUGUAGGUGUCUCCGUGUUGAACCCCCUAAUUUACACCUUGAGGAAUAAGGAGAUGAAACACGCCAUCAGCAAAAUUGUCAGAAAAAUAUGGCUUGCCAAAAUUUGA